GAUAUUCAGCAAUUAUUUAAAUUGAUAAAAAAGUACUGAGGGCAACAGAGCAAUGAAUGGACAUAUCAUACCAGGAACACCAAUUGCUGUGGACUUCUGGAAGAAAAGGGAUUGUCCAUCUGCAAAGUUUUUCUUCUUGACUCAUCUCCAUGGUGACCACACAGUAGGACUGUCCUCAUCAUGGCAAUACAACAUUUACUGCUCUGCAGUUACAUCAAAACUACUGACUGAGAAGUAUGGAAUUAAAUAUGACCUUAUAAAUGUCCUUGAGACAGGAAGUAGUAGUGUAAUUUAUUUGGAUGAUGAGAAGCAGGAACAAAUGGUUGUUGGUGUGAUUGAUGCAAAUCACUGUCCAGGAUCUGUUAUGUUUCUCUUUGAAGGAUACUUUGGUAAAGUUUUGUAUACUGGUGAUUUUCGUUAUUGCGAUUUAAUGUUUGUAGAUACUCCAUUAUCAAAUUGCUCUGAUAUUGAUAUUCUAUAUUUAGACAACACUUACUGUGCACCUGAAUGUAAUUUUCCUACACGGGAGGAAGCUGUAGAGAAACUAAUCAAAUUGAUACAAGAGCAUAAAGAUCACAGAAUAAUAAUUGGAAUGCGAAAUCUAGGUAAAGAGGACUUAUUAGUUAAAAUUGCUGAAAUAACUCAGGAAUGGAUUUCUGUUCCAAUUUCUAUGUAUAGAACAGCAGAAAUUCUUGGUCUGCCUAAUGUGUUUUGUAUUGAAGACAAUGAGUGCAGGAUAAGAGUAGUACCAUUUCAUACAGUUAACAAAUCAAACAUUAUUGGUUGGAACGACUAUGAACCAACCUUGGUGAUUUUACCAAGUUCUUUGUAUUGUGGACUAGGUUGUAUUCCAUAUGAAGGUAUAUCUAAUGUCCAUAUAGUACCGUAUUCCGACCAUUGUAGCUAUGAAGAGAUAUGCACUUUCGUGGAAAGAGUAAAACCCAAAUUCAUUUAUCCAGUUGUCAAUGAAAGACAAAGAGGUGGAAUAUUUGGGAAACUGUCUGACCGCUCAGAUUUAUCUUGCCUUAAUAAAUACUUAUCAAAAGAGCAAAGUGUGAAGUUUACAAUUCCAAAAUCUGUUAAGAGAUUUAUGUCUUUGCCUAUGAAUACAUACAUGAGGAAAGUAUCUAGACAGAAAAAACAAGGCUGCAAAAUAUCAUUGAAGAAGAAAACUUCUGUCUCUUUAGGUGUGGUUUUUGAAUCUCCACAGAAAUCUCAACUAAAUGAAUCUGCACAAGAAUUUGAAAAUCAGUUGGAAAAAAUGAGAAGAUCUUUCAAGAAAGUGUCCAAGUCUAAAACAAAUCUCUUAGACGAUAAAAUUGAUGUAAGACAUUAUCCCGUUUUGAAAUCGACAAUUGAUGAUGCUAACAAAAUGACAAAAUUGACAGAAAUAGAACUAGUUUAUAGAGAAUCAAAUGUAAAUGAUGAUUAUGAAUGUUUACCAGACACAACUACCGGUAAUACAAUUCCUGAAAUAUCUGAUAAAAGAAGUGUUCAAAUUGAACCAACAUUAAAUUCCUCAGACCAAGAACAGCCAGUAUAUGACAAGAAUAGAUUAUUUCAUGAUGGUGCAAUCCAAUCAAAUACUCAUUCACGUAAACCUUUAUCCAAGUGUAUUGAUUCUGUUGAAACGUGUGUGUCAAAUAGAAAUAAAGAUAAUCACUGUGUUGGUAUACAAACUAGUUCAAAACAAGAUGAUAGUACCUUUACAACAGCUAAACAAAAUACUCAAACCCAGCCAAAUCAAGGACAAAAGAAACUGGAUACAUGGUUCAGAUCUGCUAUCACUGUGACAAAGUCUCCUGUUGCCCAUCAAUAUACAGUGGACACAUUAUGUCCAGGAAAUGACACCUCUUUAUCACUUCCAGAAGCAAACUGUAGUAUGGACAAACACAGUCAGUUAUACAAUAAUAACAUUCCAGCUUCUGUAAAACUCAUUCCUCUUAAACCUCUCAAUAUGAAAAGGAAAGCAUCUUAUUCUUCGGACCUAUGUUUAAUUCCAAUUACACAGCAACAUACCAAUAAAAACAAUACAAUAUGUAAAAAAAGGAAGAGACUGUCAGACGAGGACAGUUUUGUUACACCAUUGAAGAAAGCUAGAACAGUAUUGUGAAUUAUUUAUAACAGAUGUUUUAUGAUAUUUUGUAUUCCAUGUUUAAUUUCUAAUAUGUUUUACAUUGUAUUUAUUUAAUUAAUAAUAUACAACUUUA